UACUUUCUUAUCCAAAUUCAUUCCCUCCUGUCUCUAAGACCAUGGAUCCUUACAAGUUUUUGGUGUUUUCUGUGGAAUUUGUUUACUUAGUUUCAUUGCUUGAUGCAGUUCGUCCAUCAAGUGCCCACAAUUCUCCAUUUUUCACUACAAAUUUUGGGGCUUCUGUUUGGAACAACAACUCAUCUCUCACAGUUGGAUCUCGAGGUCCAAUUCUCCUAGAGGAUUAUCAUCUGGUGGAAAAGCUUGCUAAUGUCGACAAAGAACAAAAUCCUGAACAUGUUGUUCAUGCUAAAGGAGCUAGUGCAAAAGGGUUUUUUGAGGUUACUCAUGAUAUUUCCCACCCCACAUGUGCUGAUUUCCUUCGUGCCCCUAGAGUCCAAACCCCUGUCAUUGUUACAUUUUCCACUGUUAUUCAUGAACGUGGUAGCCCUGAAACUCUAAAAGACCCUCAAGGAUUCGCUGUGAAAUUUUACACUAGAGAGGCUGGGAAGGCACACUAUGUGCAAUUCCAUUGGAAACCCACAUGUGGAGUGAAAUGCUUGUUGGAGGAUGAGACCAUAAGAGUUGGUGGAGGUAACAACAGCCAUGCUACGCAAGAUCUCUAUGACUCAAUUGUAGCAGGAAGCUACCCCAAGUGGAAGCUUUUUAUUCAAAUUAUAAAUAUUGAUCAUGAAGACAAGUUUGGUUUUGAUCCACUUGAUGUGACCAAGACCUGGCCAGAAGACAUCUUGCCCUUGCAGCCAGUGGGUCGCUUGGUGUUAAAUAAGAAUAUUGAUAACUUGUUUGCCGAGAAUGAACAGCUAACCUUAGGCCCUAGAAUCAUUGUUCUGGGAAAGAGCAUUUCCUUAAUUGUUGGGUUGAGGCCUUGUCUGAUCCAGGGGUCACAUAUGAGAUCCACAGCAUUUGGAUCAAAUACUGGUCUCAGGCUGACCAGUCUGUUGGUUGGAAGCUCGCUUCUCGCCUUAAUGUCAGACCAAGCUAUUAAAGAUGACGAGAUAUUCAAACACGGAUCAAAGAGAAUUGUUUCACCAUGGUGAAAGAAAGUGACAGAGCAUAUGCAAGUUGUAUUAUAGUGAAAGGGUUGAACUUUCCCCUCAAACCUAAAUCUAUACUAGAAUAAGAGAUAUUGAAAAACUGUGUUGCCAUGAGAGGAUAAGGUCCCUUCAUGUUGCAUUAUAUACGAUUUUGUUUACUCUAUUGCUUUUCAUGUAAUGUGAACAUGCAAUGUAUGGUAUAUAUAUCAUAGUCUAUACAUACAAAGCAUAUUGUCUAUUCACAAAGGAAUUUUUGUUGUUUUGGUACAUCUCCUCCUAGUUUUCUACUUUCCACAGCUAAUACUGAUGGUUGUACCCCGUCACUGUAAAGUUCGAAUUAAUUUAAAAUGGUUUA